CAGAAGUCCUCACAGUUGGGUAGUUUUUAACUAGCUGCCCAGUGGAUAUUUUCAAAUUAAAGGAUAUACAAAUAUUGUUAAUUUGGCCUAGAAUACUAUACAUUUAACUGUCAGAAAAUACUCGUUCAUUUGUACAUGGAACUUUGAAUCAUGGAUAAUAAUGUCCAUUACAGCACUGCUAAUGGCGACACAGAAAGCAGUUUUUAUGUAGAUACAGGAUUUGCAUAUUUUGAAAAGAAAGUUAAUGGUAACAUGUCUGAUAGCAGUCACCAAGAAUUUGAAGUUGAUACAUCGCCUAUACCAAACGGCGACAUCGAACAUUUGGAACUUGACGAACAGACAGAAUCUGUAAAACGUGUGCCUGUCGAUACCUCUGAUCCAAUGGUCUCAUACGAAACCAGACUUAUCUCCGAACCAGAGACAUUAGAAAGAGUCAUGACACAAGACAUUGUUGAAAAGAGAAUAAUCAAACAAGCACCGGUAGAGCGGAUAAUGACAAGACCGGUUGAGUACGUGCGGGAAAGACCCGUUGAGUAUGUGCGGGAAAGACCUGUUGAGUAUAUAAGGGAGAGACCUAUUCAGUAUGUCACUAAAAGACCCGUUGAAGUUGUGAGAGAACGAGUCGAAGUAGCUCCACAAAUCCAAAGAGUUAUACGACCGGCACCGACGGUUAGAAGAAUGGUGCAAAAACCAGUUGAGAGAGUCGUGCAGACGCAACCAGUUCGAGUAAUAAGAAAGCCGGCACCAGUUGAACGAGUUGUUCAAAGAGUAGUCGAACCUGCACCAGUCGAAAGAUAUGUUCAAAGAGUAGUAGAACCUGCACCAGUCGAAAGAAUUGUUCAAAGAGUAGUAGAACCUGCACCAGUUCAAAGGGUCAUCACAAGAUCUAGACCAGCUGAGAGGAUUGUUACUGCUCCAGUAGAAAGAGUUGUGACGCGAGCACGGUCCGUAGGAAGAGUAGUCAGAUCUGAAGAGAGAAGAUAUACCACGGCAAGACCUGUAGAAUCCGUUAUAACUACAGCAAGACCUGUAGAAACUGUUAUGACCAGAACGAGGCCAACCGAAUCAAUCGUUACUACAGCAAGACCUGUAGAGACAUUCGUAACCAGACCGGCAAGCUCAACUAUUGUCAGAAUGAGUAGAGAGAGGCCGGGUUCCGCUAGAACAGUUCGGUCUAGUAUUUACUCGACUCGUUCAUCCUAUGGCGAUGUCGUUUUUUAAUGAAUUAAUUUGAAAUCGAAGGAAAAAAUAAAAAAAGAUAUUAUUUUGGAUUGUGAAUAUAGGUCGAAUGGAAUAUUGCUUGCUCAAUCAUCUGUAUAUCAUUACACUGCGGAUUUAUAAAUUUUGUAUGUGAUGUGUUGUGGUAUUGAUUUUUACAAAUGCCAUAAACAAAUAUCUUUACAGUAAUUAGCAAGGCAAGUGGACACUGUAGUUUAUUAUAUAUAGAUAUUUAGAAUGAAUAUAAUUGAUAAUUUAGAAUUUAACAAAUUACCGUUGAAGCAGAGAUUUUACGUGAUAUUUUUCUCUGGUUGAAACCAGAAAGCUCUAGUUCUACCAGGCUUUUUCAAAAGAACGAAAAGUUAGCGGACUGAAAUGACACGGUGGACUUAUUACAAUCUGCUCAGCGUAUCAAUAUUUUAUUAUAUAACAGACUAAUAAUACUCGUAUAUGUAUACUGUGACAUACAUAGUUAUCUUGUUAUGGUAAUAUUAUAGUUUAUCACACUGUUA